UUUUCGCCUGCUUCUUUUCGUCUCGACUCUCAAUUCGAGACUCUUUCAUUUUCGGCCAACAAGAUGUCUAAGCGAGGACGUGGUGGAACCGCGGGUGGAAAAUUCCGCAUCUCUUUGGGUCUCCCCGUGGGAGCCGUCAUGAACUGUGCUGACAAUACAGGAGCAAAGAACCUGUACGUCAUUGCAGUUUAUGGUGUCAAGGGUCGUCUUAAUCGCUUGCCUGCUGCUGGUGUUGGUGACAUGUUCGUUGCUACAGUGAAGAAGGGUAAACCAGAGCUGAGGAAAAAAGUUAUGCAAGCAGUAGUUAUUCGGCAGAGGAAGCCAUUUAGAAGGAAGGAUGGAGUAUUUAUAUACUUCGAAGACAAUGCAGGAGUGAUAGUAAAUAACAAAGGAGAAAUGAAGGGAUCAGCUAUCACUGGACCUGUUGCCAAGGAGUGUGCUGAUCUAUGGCCCAGGAUUGCCUCCAACUCCAGCAGCAUUGCUUGAACAUCAGUAUUGUGCUCUGUACUCCCUUAACAUCUGGUUUAAUGAGCAGCAAUACAGUUCAUCCUCAAAAAAAUGCAAU